UUGCAUGUACUUAUAAUCGUAAUGAAAUUAAUGAACGUGUGUAUUAUACCAUUCACUGGAAGCAACCGGAAUCAAGAACGCAAGUUCUUUUCUUUUCGGUGCACAAGACAGCUCUGUGCCCGUCUCAAAACUGCUUGCAGCAAACCUUUGACGAGCCUAUCUCUGGAAGUGAGCUACUUGCCCUGGCGAAAAUAUGGUGCUGCGUCAAAGAAAACUAUAUCUUUGCACGGAAAGGGUAACACGAUCUUCGGAAAAGUCGUAAGAUGCUGAAAGGUACUUUCUACAACUGAGAACUUGCUCUCUUCUGGCAGUUCUGCUAGGUGUGUCGGACGAACGUCUUAGAAAAAGAUCACUACCGCCGUUCCAGGUGAUGGGGACGAUGAUGCGGUACGUCGCAGCUGCCCUGUUGGCAGUGGUAGCCAACCCGUGCGUGGCGACAUACUACCCUGCGACGCUUGGCGCAGAAGUGACCACUGUACCCGGACUGACGGAGCCCUACCCCUACAAGCACUACUCCGGUUACCUCACGGCCGGCGAAGGACGACAGCUACACUACUGGUUCUUCGAGAGCCAGCAGUCUCCGUCGUCCGACCCGGUGCUUCUGUGGAUGAACGGAGGACCUGGAUGCAGUUCCCUGGUGGCCACAGUCGGCGAGCUGGGUCCUUUCCGCGUCGGGGACCUGGGUCUGAACAUGACCCUCAAUCCCGACACCUGGGUCAAGGUGGCGAACGUGUUGUUCCUCGAAGCCCCGGCAGGCGUCGGCUACUCGUACGACCCUACGGGCGUCUACGUGACGGACGACACCCAGACCGCGGAUGACAACUACCUGGCAGUCCAGGACUUCUUCGAGAAGUACCCCGAGUACAAGAAGAACGACUUCUACAUCGCGGGAGAGAGCUACGCGGGCGUCUACGUGCCCACGUUGGCGUCGAGGGUCCUCAAGAACCCCAACGGCGUUCAGUUCAAGGGCAUCGCCAUCGGUAACGGUGCCGUGGACUUCCCGAUCCUGGGAAACUCUCUCAUCUUCUUCGGCAACUACCACGGCCUCUUUGGACAAAGAUUGUGGACUGCUUUGACUCAGCACUGCUGCAACGGUUCCCAGCUUGCUCAGGACUGCAACUUCGGCUGGGACAUCACAGACGACAAAUGCAACGAAGCGGUGGACGAAGCGAACAACAUUAUCCUCCACGGAGGGCUGAACGUGUACAACCUGUACGACCCGUGCAGCUACGAAGAUGAACCCGAACCGGUUGCUUUCGCUUCCCCGAAAAAAAGGUCGAUGAGUCAGCACAAGGCCCAAAGGCUCAUCAUGAAGUCUCUGAACCGUGUCAGCUCGCUGAAUCGUGCCGACUCGCCCGCACCGAUGAACAUCGAUAAUCCCAACUGCGUCAGCGAAGAAAGACUGGACCUUUACUUUAACCGGAACGACGUCAAGGAGGCCCUACACGUCCAGGAAACACCUGCGAAAUGGGAGCCCUGCAGCACGAAGCUCAACUACACCGAGCAGUACCUGAGCGUGCGCGACGUUGUGCGGGAGCUGGUGGAUUCCGGGCGUCUGAGGACGCUCUUCUACAACGGAGACGUGGACAUGGCGUGCAACUUCAUCGGAGGCGAAUGGUUCGUGCAGAGCCUGGGCUACAGGUCCAAAUCAGAGUACAAGACCUGGAAGGCAGGUCUCGUGAUCGGCGGUUUCUUCGAGACCUUCGAGAAGAACGUCACCUUCGUCACUGUCAAGGGCGCCGGACAUAUGGUGCCUUUGGACAAGGCUCCGGAAUCCCUGCGCAUGAUCACCAACUUCCUCAUGAACACGCCUUUCUGAGCACGAGGAACGGAAGGAUCCACGCAACAAAUAAACUCGGGAUGCCGGAUAUCACGUA